AUGAACUCGAAUAUAAGCAAUCCUCAUACUGUUUAUGAAAAUGUAAGUUUUUAGUUUAGUUUUUCCUGGUUUUUCGAACUCAAUAAAUAUUUUGAAAAACCUUUUAGGCAGAAAACUAUUGGUCGAGAUGCAGUCAAGAUGUUGAUGGAAUGCUUGGUGGCUUUGCAAAACUCCAUCAACCAGACAUCCUGUUGUCCAAAACAUUCUUGAACAAUCUGAAAAAGAAGGGAAUCGCUGAGAACUUUGACUAUGCUUUGGAUUGUGGAGCUGGAAUUGGAAGAGUCACUAAACAUCUUUUGAUGCCAUUCUUCAAAACUGUUGAUAUGGUUGAUGUUAUUGAGGAGUUGAUCGUCAGAAGUUCAGAGUAUAUUGGAACUGAUGAUGGGAUUGGUGAGAAGUUUGUGGAGGGACUUCAGACUUUUGAACCACCAUUGGGAAAAUAUGAUAUGAUUUGGAUUCAAUGGGUCAGUGGACAUUUGACAGAUGAUGACUUGAAGGAGUUUUUCCAAAGAUGCAUCGUGAGUUUUUGAUUGGUUUGAGAAAAAAAGAAAUUGUGUGAAUUUGGAGAGUUAUUCUAACUAUGAAAGUGGAGAGGUUUUCGAAAAAUGAAUUUUGAUGCUUAUCCAGAAAAUUCGAUGUUUCAAUAUAACUUCAUUAGAAUUGUCUAACCAUUUCUAACUUCAAUGUAGCCAUUUUUACACAAUUCGAAACUGACAGCAAAAGAAAGGACUUGGUGAAAAAUAUAUCAAAAAAUUUAAAUAAUGUGCCUAUUUAUAUUCCAACAUAUUUUCAGAAAGGAAUCAAACCACAAGGAACAAUUUGUCUCAAAGACAAUGUGGUAAACACCGCAAAUCCAUUAUUUGACAGCGAAGAUAACAGCUGGACUCGUCCGGAAGACUUGGUUCUUGAAAUUGCAGAUGCUGCUGGUUUGCGAUUGGUAGCGAAAAAUCUUCAAACCGGGUUCCCAAAAGAAAUGUAUCCCGUGAAAAUGUUUGCUUUCAAACCAAAAAAUCCAGUUACUGAAGAUGAUUGA